UGUUAGUAUACAAUCGUUUCUGUUCAUCAUUUAGUUAUGAGCAUACAAUCAUCCCGGAUUUGUUGGAUAACCUCUCAACGGCGACUGCUAUAGGUAUMAUUUCUAAGUAUAAUCCGACAGUGAAUUGCAUAGUAUAUCUUUCAUAUUCAUUUAUACGAAAAUUUAUUUUUACGUCCGAAUUUGUGCAAUGAAACACAUUUUUAWUAUCAAUAACAUGCUAGAAAACAAUGAUGAAGAUUCGUCGUGCUAUUGCAAGUGGGAAAAUUGCGAUUUGUACAUGAAUAAAACAGAACUACCAAAACAUGUGAUAAACCACGUAGUUCCAGAAUCCCAAGGGCUGUUCUAUUGCAAAUGGAAAAGUUGUACGAGAGGAGACCGAGCUUUUAACGCCAAGUACAAGAUAUUAGUUCACAUCCGCACUCAUACAAACGACAAGCCGCAUCAAUGCUACAUAUGCAGUAAAAGUUUUACGCGAGCCGAAAAUCUAAAGAUCCACGCUCGUUCGCAUACAGGCGAGAAACCUUAUGUUUGUUCAGUGAACGGAUGCAACAAGGCAUACUCCAAUACGAGUGAUCGUUUCAAGCAUACCCGAACGCACUUCAUCGAAAAACCAUACGCUUGUCGAGUAGAAAGUUGUCUGAAAAGGUAUACAGACCCMAGCUCUUUGCGAAAACAUGCAAAAACUCAUAAUCAUCAAGUUAAGGUGAUACUGACACAAGAUACGAAUCCAUGCUGUUCUUCUUCGGUCUUCAUAACUCCUACUUAUUCUACAUAUUCCACUCCCRACAUUAUUGACCAACCAUUAGAUUUGUCAAUUCGUUGGAAAAAAUAAAGAUUGUACUUAAAGGUAGUAUUUAAUGUUUUAGUGCAAAUUACAAUAUUAUUCAACUAUGUUUAUGAAUUUAUUAUAAUAAUUUACUGUACAUACUUUUACU